AUGGAUAAAAACCUCAACACCAUCCUCCCAUGUUUGCUACUCGCGGCGGUCCUUUUCAACUGCGUCCAUGCAGUUAGAUACGUUGUCAAAAACAACGUCCCCAACACACCCGGCGGCAGGCUUUUCGAUCAAGAAAUAGGGGUCGAUUUUGCCCUUCUCACCAUGGAAACCGUUAACUACUUCAUCUGGAAAAUCUUCGAACAAAAACUACCCUCCGAAAUAAAAAAUGUGCCGGUCCUGACCCUCUACAUAUCCGACUUCCAAGGAUAUGCGUACAAAAACGGGGACAACGUGAACGUGAGCGGGCCCGCCCUCGACAAGUUCUACUUCCCCCGCAACAAAUCGAAGUUCUUCUUCUCGUCCCUAAUGUACCACGAGAUGACCCACGUUUUCCAGUGGCACGGUAAUUUUACGGCGCCGGGAGGUUUAACGGAGGGGAUGGCGGAUUACGUGAUGGUAAAGUCGAAUAUUUACGAGAAGGACAAGUACACGAAGCCGGGUUCAGGGAGCAGGUGGGACGAGGGGUACGGCGUGACCGAGAGGUUCUUGGAGUAUUGUGAUGGUUUGAGGAAAGGGUUUACGGCCGCUUUGAAUAAGAAGAUGAGGUAUAGAUAUAGUGAUGAGUUUUUUGUGGAGCUCUUGGGGAAACCUGUGAGCCAGCUUUGGAGGGAGUAUAAAUCAAUGUAUGGUAACAAAUAUGAGUCUGCUUCAGAGGGCUCUGCUGGUACUAUGUUUCCAGGCGUGGAGUAUUGA